AUGGAAAAGGCAGCUUAUCUACCACGGGCCUUACUUUCUUGUGUUUGCACCAUCUACGCGACAAUUCAACUUAUCUUUAACAGAUUAGUUGAAAAAUGGAGGACUAAAUCCAGUGAUGGAAAAGUAACAACCACCAUAACUCCAGUGUCGGUGCCGGAGGUGAAGGUGACACUUUUCACUAAGUUAAUAUUUGAAGAAGGCGGCUUUGCCAAAAACUACUGUGAUCCAUUAGAGUUAGCUCAACUUCCAAGAGUGAUGCUAGGUGAAGGUUCCUUGGGGACUUUGUUCAAGCUUAUUCUCAACUGUGGCUACAUUGUCACAGCUCGAGUGAUUCGAGAAAUGUUGGUCAAGCCAGAUGAUUUUGAACUGUGGAUCAAUUUCUUUGGAGGAAUUCGCAACACCCUGCUCUUGCCAAUGCACUUGAGUUUCUGGUACGCCGGCGAAGCCUUCAUUGUGUACGAGUACUUGUGCUUGGGAAGUUUGGAGGAGCUUUUACACGGAAGCGAAGGAAUCCAAUACACCCCGUUGAGUUGGGAAGUUCGAAAGCAUAUAGCUCUAUGUGCAGCAAUGGCAAUACAUUUCAUUCAUAACCAAGUGACAGAAGGAGGCAGCAUCCUUGUAUGUGGGGUGGUUAAGGCAAGCAAUAUUUUAAUUCGGACGGACUGCUCUGCAUGCCUUUCUGGCUACGAAAUGCCUUACCUCGUACCUUUGACGACCAUCAUAAGAAGAAAUCCAGGCAGAGUUGCACCUGAACUAAUCUCCACUGAAAUUUAUCCAAAAAAAUUCACAGCUGAGUCAGAUGUUUACAGCUUUGGAAUUUUGUUGUUGGAGCUUAUUACUGCAAAAAGACCUACUACAACCAACUUGGGAGAAUAUGUCACAGAAAAGAGAAAGAGAGAAGGACUAAUUGAUAUAUGUGACCCAAAAUUGGGAGAAGUAAACGAAAGUAUGAUGGAAAUGAUUGGAAUUGCUGAGAGUUGCCUCUCACAUAGGCCCAAAGAUCGGCCUUCUAUGGAUAGAGUGGUUCAUACGCUUCAAGGAAUGAAGGACUAGCUAGGACUAUAUUAGCAUGUAUCUCAUGUAAAGAUUGAUGCAUUUCAGAUUGCCGCACAUCAGAAUGCACGAACUUCUGGCAAUAAUAUUCACAAAUUUCGCAGUUGCUAUUAUUCACAACUGAAACAUUGCAAUAAUAUUCACAAAUUUCACAGAUGAUAAAUGUUGGAAUCAUAACUUAUAGCACAAAGCACUUCUAAUUACACAGAC